AAUUGGUAUGUGGAUGUGACUUUGUAGAGUGAUAGAAGUUAUAGUGAUAAGACAUACACACGAUAUCUUAACAACUUGCUUUUAUAAGUUACAUUGAUGAAUAGCAUUGGGAAAUUAUUACCUAACCAUUCUUGAGCUAGACCCUCUAUUUAGGAAGAAGUUUGGAGACCUUGAGCUCGGACAUCAGUACUUAGAAUGGCGUUUCGAGAACUAGUUGAUGGAAAUUGUGGUGGAAGGAAUCCUAUGCUAAAAGUAGCAUCACAUUUUACCAGAGAUCAAGGAUUUCGUCAGGAUGUACCUGUUUCACAUAGACACCCUGACACGAGACCAGAAGAUGUUAUGGUCAGAGAAUUUUUGGAGGGUAUUCCACCUCCAUCUCAAGUUGGAUCAAGAGGUGCCUUUAACAUGGAUAGCCUUUUACGUGAGAUGAGGGAUCUGGAAAAGCCACAAGGAAUUGCUAGACCACCUAUUCAACCAGGACCAAAUGUAGCCCAUUAUGCAUUUGAUGACAAAAACUGGGCUGAAGAUUUUUUGAGGAAAGAACCUCAUGUGAUACCAGAAGAUUUACCUUCUGCUAGUGGAUGGAGUCAGGAAUUUCUGGACAGUCCUGGCUAUAUGGGAGUUGUAGAUGAUUAUGCAGAGUGGGACAACCAUUGGGACAGCUUAACCUCUCAUAUAGAAAAACCGGGAUUUUCUGCUCCUGGCGCAUUAGCCCAAACUGCCGGAGAAAUUAUUGACAGAAUGAAAGAUCCAAAAUUUGCUCAAUCUGAGUUUUUGCAGUUUAUGCACAAGGUCAAUCAAGGGGAGGAGGAUUUGACCUCGGAACCUCGGACUACUACCGCUCAUAGUAAUUCAAACUGGGCGGAGGAAUUUUCUGGCUCAGAGGGUGUAACAAGACAGCCAGAAUCCAGUGCAGAUCAAGACUGGGCUGCUGAAUUCACAACUAAUCGUCAACCUGAUUUGGCUGACGAAUGGACAAAAGAAUUCAGUGACGGUGCCAGCGCUGAAGUGUUUAGGGGCGGAAAUCCAGCUCAAGAUGACUUCUGGUCACAACUUCAACAAGACUGGGAAAAAGCAGCCGACGAUAACCCUGCAAGCUACGGAUGGCUUAAGGAAACGCAACAAGAUCCGUUAAGUGAAUACACAUUUGAGGCAGAGAAUCCGUAUCAAGACAACGCGGAUCCUUACAAUACAGGUCUCCAAAAAAGAUUAGAAGGUGAUCUUCCAAGUGCCAUUUUGCUGUUUGAGGCAGCUCUAAAGAAAGAUCCUGAACAUGUGAAAGCUUGGGAAGUUCUUGGAUUGACUCUUGCCGAAAACGAACAAGAUCCAGGGGCAAUUACCGCAUACAAGCGUUGCUUAGCAUUGGAACCAACAAAUCUUGUUGCCAUGAUGGGUCUGGCUGUAAGUUACACAAAUGAAUCUUACCAGUUGCAAGCUUGCCAAGCCCUGGAGGACUGGUUGCGGAACAAUCCCAAGUACGGACACUUGACCUCUCCUUCAUCAGCCCGGGUUAACGAACGGGAGAGAACAUUUACAAGCCUAGUUUCUGGGGAUACUUUUAACCGAGUUCAGGAUAUGUACUUAACAGCAGCUCGAUUACAACCUUCCCAGGACUUAGAUCCCGAUGUGCAAACUGGCUUAGGUGUACUUCUCAAUCUCUCUGGAGAUUUUGAUAAAGCUCCCGAUUGUUUCAGGGCUGCUCUUCAGAUGAAACCUAAUGAUUCUUUGCUUUGGAAUCGGCUUGGAGCAACUUUAGCCAAUGGAGGGAAAUCUGAAGAGGCCAUUGAGUCAUAUUACAAAGCUCUAGAGCUGUCCCCUGGUUUCAUUCGCGCGCGUUAUAACUUGGCAGUUUCCUGUAUCAACCUAGGAGCUCACAGAGAAGCAGCCGAACAUCUAGUGUCCGCUUUACUCCUUCAAGCUAGACGUUCUAAGCGGGUCAUGUCCGACAAUAUUUGGUCAACUUUACGGAUGGUUUUGAAUUUAAUGAACAGGAGGGAAUUCAUCGCUGAUAUUGAUGCCAAGGACUUGACUCGUUUGGCAGCUGAAUUUGGAAUAGCUGAAUAAGCCAUUUUUGUAAACGGAUUAGAUCCAAAAUUUGUAUAGGAAGUCGUUGUUGACAUGCGUUUCCAAUAUAACUACAGUUUAUUUUACCCUUA